GGGGAGCAAAAAGUAAACAAAGUUUUGUUCAGAGUCAGCUCUGAUUGACAGGUGAAUGCUCAAUUAUCUUGCAGUGCCAGGGAAACAACAACAUGGCAAACACACAAGAGCAGGUAUCACUGAUUGAUAUAAUUAAGGAAAAGAAGGACGAUGCCAUUCCUUAUUUGAAAGACUUAUUAGAUGGUGAUACAUCCAACAAACCAUCUGUGAAUGCUGUCGAUUCUGGAAACAGAACUGCCAUCUAUUGGGCCGCAAAUCUAAAUCUCAUCGAUGUUGUUGAAUUCUUGUUAUCUCAUAACUGCGAUGUAAACAUCUCAAAUAACAAUCUUCAAACCCCAUUGCAUAUAGCUUGUCAACCUCGACUCAAUCAAAUUGCUGCAGUUUUAAUCAAAAGUGGACGCUGCAAUAUCAACUCUAAAGAUGCAUAUACUAAUACACCUAUGCAUUUAGCUGCAAGGCGAGAAAUGCAAGAUAUAGUUCAGUUAUUGUGCGACUACAAUGCUACUCCAGAUGUUGUCACAGGUGAUGGUUCCACUGCCAUGCAUGAAGCUGCUGAGAGCGGUAAUCCAGAGAUUGUUGAAAUUCUUCUUAAUGCUGGAUUUAAUCCUGAUCCAAUAAACUCAUUGUACGUGACCCCAUUCAUGCUAGCUGCCAGGCAAUGUGGUUUUAAUGAGGAUAACGAUGAAAAUCUUGACCAGGUUCUUAAAUUGCUCAUCCGCAGAGGAUGCAGUCUAUCGGGUAAACUUGGACUGUGUCACAUUGGAGAAUUAAUCUCUAAAAAGAAAUACAAACUGUUGCAAUUAUUUAUAAAGUAUGGACUUUGUCUCAAAGCUUCAGUGCAAGAAUCAAUCCAGUCCAACCAAAACCUUAUGAAAAUACUGGCAUCAGUUGACCCAGAAACACUAGAGGCUUUGGUUCAUUCAGGUAUUCAGAUUUCUGUUUCAGCUCUCCCUGGCUUAUGUGACCCCAAUAGAGGCCCAUUAAGAGGCAGAUAUGUGUCGUUCCAUUUCAACACUGAAGAAGCCGUUGCAACAAUGACAGGAGUUAAAACAAAAUGUGCCAGCCCCUUAGAGCUGAAGUGCCUCACCAGGGCCAGAGUCAGAGAGAGGUUAAGUGGAUAUAAUGGAGGCAAGUCAUUGAUUGAGAUUAUCAAAGAACUACCUCUACCAAAGCCAGACCUCAGAUACCUUCACAUGGAUGACUGUUUAUAUUAUGAUUAAAGGGACAAUAGACCUCAGAUACCUUC